AUGAUUCUGUACCAAUUAUUUGUAGAUYGAUUGCGUUCURUUGAAGCCAGAGUGAGAAGGGAAACUUGGCAGAUCAUUAGCGGUCAAARAGUUYGAAGAUCUAUUGUUACAUCCAGAGAUGUCAACAAUCGGAUUUUGGCUGAUGCUUUGAACAGCUUGCGUAGUGGCAGAUAUGACUUACUGGCCUACCUAAGGCGAGUAGCUUACUCAGCGAGAGGCUAUUUGGAUYGAGAAAUAGGCCCAUUACCUAAUGAAAUCAUAAGAGAUCUGGAUGUUCAAGAUUUAAGGCUGAACAUUCAACCUCGACUACCAGCUCCGCCAAUGCAUGUCCGUGGUGUUAGAARACCCAGAGGUCGUGGGCGUCAAAUGCUAGAGAGGCCAGGUCCGGCAGGUCUUAUUCCACGUGUUGCUGACAAUCUCAAUGCAUUUGUUUUGGCCAAUUGGGGAUCGGCCUAA